AUGGAUAGCAUAUGGGGAGAUUAUGUUGGCAUCAGACUUCAGGAAAUUGAGUUUGACCCAAAAGGAAGAAGGCAGCCUACCUUUCUAGAUGACAUGGCUCAUUACGACUUAGCCAUCAAUGUUGCUCUACUAUGGCUAAAUGAGUCAGAAAACAAAAUUCCUUCGACAAAAGGGAAAAGGAAUUUACCAGUUCACAGGAGAUACAUGUAUCCCAACCGAAUUGAGAGAGAAGCUAUGAUUUUAUCUUCAUAUGCUGGAAUAUUAAUGAACAGCAUCCCUAUUGAAGAGAUCUUUGAGAUUUACAGCACUGCACCCUCAGCCACACGCUGGCAGCACUCUGAAAAAGGUCACUGGAUUCACCCUUUCAACCUCUCACUGCACCCUUUUGCCAUGCUAACAGCUCCCAAAGCUGCAGAAUAUGCCUGGAAACAAAGUGUCAAAUUUAAAAAAGCAGCAAGAAAGACCACCAACAGUACCAGCAGAAGAAAUAAGAAGGAUGGUGAGCUACCAGAAUCUCCAUCUUCAGAAAAGCAGCAGGAAGGCAAAGCAGGUCUAAAAAUACAAACUAGAGACAAUUAGGAAAUAAUUCCUUCAGCAAUAGGAUAUGCUAGCACAUAUCAAACUGUCCUGUGAAGUCCUUGGAGGCUUUCUUGAAACUACGUGCAAUGGAGGAUUUUUAAGGAGCAUUAGGAGUUGUUAUUAUAAUUAUAAUUAUAUGAGAGAACGAUAGCAUUAAUCAUGCAUUUGAUUUUGUUAGUUCAGUGAAAAUCCUACAGUUGCCUGACAGUAUAUGCCAGUUCACAGUUUGCAUUUCAGUGAUAUUCUGCAGUAUUCAUCUAAAAUGUAUUUGUUCUGGCAUACAUUCCAUUUUACAGAAGUCAUUCACUGGAAUUAUCUAUAGGACACAAAGUUGCUUGUUAGCUAGUUUGUUUAAAAAAUGAACAAAUUCUUCCACUAAGUCAUCACUAGAGUCACACUAGUAUAAAACUACCCUUAGUUUCGGAAGCAACUUAGAGUAAAAAUCUUAUUUGAUCUAGGUCUCAAUUGCUCUGUUUCCACUGUGCAAUCAGGGUGAAUGUGGUCUUCAUUGCUAAACUGUGUUUAUUCUCAAACAGUUGAAUGCUUGUAUCAUGCAGGGAUCCAGAACAGAACUUAAACAAGAAAUCUUUUCAGAGGACUCUGGGACAAGUCAGGUUACAAAGAAUGAAACAGAAAUAUAACAAGGAGGCAACAGGCCUGUGGACCAUGACCUGUAACAGAAGAAAUUAAGACCAUGUUCUGCAGUGCAGUUCAUUUUUCCUGCAGUGCUGCAAGAGGUGGUCUUGUUUCCUAGGGGUAUGUAGAGCUAUUUGGGGAGUUUGGGGGAGGUUAGAUCAGUUUAAAAAGGC